GGCGGCCGUUCCGCUGUAUAACCAAGCUCGAGACUACAGUACCAAGCGGACUCACGCACACACGAGAUAGAUGGAAUUAUAACAAUGGAAUAUCACUGCGUUCUGUUUACUGUUUUAUUACAGUUAAUCGUCCAACCAGGCAGGUCCAUGCCAACUAUAACCCCGGACGGACCCUGGCUCACAGUUCUACUGAACGGUGACUUCAGUUUGCGUUGCCACAGUGACAGUUCAGUGCGCUGGCUGCGAGAAGAUCGUCCAUCACGGACACUGAAAGAGGAACAAAGGGAGGGCCAACUGACAGUUCUGAAAGUGACCAGAGCAGGCCCACAACACAUGGGCAAAUAUUCGUGUCGGGAGGAGAGGUCUGGUAAAAAGAGCUCCAUCUAUGUAUAUGUUAAAGCAUUCCUCUCAGCAGAUCCUGAAAAUCCCUUCAGGAGGGGCAUCGUGUUUGACAUUGUUGCGGGAGAAGGAGACACAGCCACAAUCCCAUGCUUGGCGACAGACCCCAAUAUGUCAGACUUGCACCUGGAGAAAUGUGACGGACGGUCCCUACCUGACAGCCUGCGAUAUUCGACCAGCAUUGAGACGGGUGUGGCAUUGCAAGAUGUUAGGAAGCACUUUGAGGGAUGUUACAUCUGCGUCGGGACUCUUGCAGGAGCCACGGUUAAAUCUGGAGAAUAUCAACUCAAUGUCCGCCUCGUUCCAGAUGCACCACCUCUGAUCACACUGGGUCAGCCUCAAAAAAUGCUGCUCACCCAGAGCGAAAAGCUCUCUCUAUCCUGCUCCACCUCAAAUGUCAACAGCGACAUCACAAUCAAGUGGAAGGCUCCGAGCGGAGUGCAACCAUCAGUGCAGCAAGCAUCACAUCUCUUAACUGAGCCUAUUUCCCACGUGCGGACCGCCACCCUCAACCUGGCCUCUGUGACACUACGAGACGCAGGAAGUUACAGCUGUGAGGCAAUGAAUGAGAGAGGGACAAGUACAAAAUCUGUCUGGGUUGACAUCUAUGGUAAAGGCUUUAUUAACCUAACAAGUGUGGAUAACAGUACUAGGAGAGUGCGGGCAGGGGAAAGUCUGUCCCUGCGUGUGGUAAUGGAUGCUUACCCAAAACCUCACACAUUCUCUUGGAGCUACAGUGGAGUAAAACUUACCAAUACUACUGAUCAUGUCAUUACCAGCCGGUCACAUGGGAACAGUUACACCAGCGAGCUGAAACUGGUCCGUCUCAAGGUGUCAGAAAGCGGCGUGUACACCUUUUCAUGCUUAAACCGAGAUGCAACUGUCCAUCAAACAUUCGAAGUCCAUGUCAUAAGUAAACCGCAGAUUGUGUCCUAUGAAGGUCCAAUUGAUGGACAGGUGCGCUGUGUGGCUGAGGGUUACCCCACCCCUCAGAUCCAGUGGUAUUACUGUGAUCAACCACAUUCAAGGUGCUCCAAUUUGCUGAAUGCCACUCAAGAGGAGGAGGAUGUUGUAACUGUAACUAUGACGAAUCCACCCUUUGGGAAGGGCGCAGUGGAGAGCCGUCUAAACAUCACCAAGAACAAUUACCCCACACUUGAGUGUGUGGCAUCUGCCAAUGGAGAAAUCGUAUACACUCUCUUCUCUAUCAGCGAAAGCACUGUUCCUCAUGAGCUCUUCACGCCGCUACUCAUCGGUUUUGUUGCCGCUGCAGUUAUCCUUGUUCUGAUCCUUAUUGUGCUCACCUACAAGUACAUGCAGAAACCCAAAUACCAAAUACAGUGGAAAGUCAUAGAGGGUAUCCAUGGAAAUAGUUAUGUGUACAUUGAUCCCACUCAGCUUCCUUAUGACCACCAAUGGGAGUUUCCCAGAGAUAAGCUUCGAUUUGGAAAAACUCUUGGGUCUGGAGCAUUUGGGAAGGUGGUGGAGGCCACUGCUUACGGAAUGUCCAAGGCAGACACGGUGAUGACUGUAGCUGUGAAGAUGCUGAAACCAAGUGCUCAUGCCACUGAGAAAGAGGCCCUGAUGUCAGAGUUGAAGGUGCUUAGUUAUCUUGGCAACCAUAUUAACAUUGUCAACCUGCUAGGAGCCUGCACUGUUGGAGGUCCAACUCUAGUUAUAACAGAGUACUGCUGUUUUGGUGACCUGCUGAACUUUCUGCGCAAAAGGAGAGAAUUCUUCUACUGCUCUACACUGGGUGAAGACUCUUACUAUAGAAAUGUUGUGAUACAGCCAGAAGCAAGCGAGAGCAGAAAUGGGUACAUGACCAUGAGGCCCUCGGUAAUGGAAAUUCUGUCUUCUGAAAACAGAUCAUUUAAUAAAGGUGAUUCAUACACUGAUUCAGAUGCUGUCAGUGAGAUUCUGCAGGAAGAUGGGUUGACUCUGGACACUGAAGAUCUUCUCAGCUUCUCCUACCAAGUCGCCAAAGGGAUGGAUUUCCUGGCAUCCAAAAAUUGUAUUCACAGGGACCUUGCAGCUAGAAACAUUCUCCUCACCCAAGGCAGAGUGGCCAAGAUCUGUGACUUUGGACUGGCUCGGGACAUCACCACUGACUCAAACUAUGUUGUCAAGGGCAAUGCUCGUCUUCCAGUAAAGUGGAUGUCUCCCGAGAGCAUCUUUGAGUGUGUGUACACCUUCGAGAGUGAUGUCUGGUCUUAUGGCAUCCUGUUGUGGGAGAUCUUCUCUCUAGGGAGUAGUCCCUACCCAGGCAUGCCUGUGGACUCCAAAUUCUAUAAGAUGAUCAAGGAGGGAUACCGGAUGGAUUCGCCUGAAUUUGCACCAAGUGAAAUGUAUGAGAUCAUGCACUCAUGCUGGGAUGCUGACCCCUUUAAGAGACACUCCUUUAGCAAGAUAGUGGAGAAGAUUGAACAGCAAAUCUCAGACAGCACCAAACAUAUUUACUUGAACUUCAGCUCCAAGUUGCCAGUGGCACCAGGGCCCCGUGAGGAGUCGAGUUCUCAUGUCCAUCGGCUAAACUCUGUCGGAAGUCACAGUACCACCACUCAGCCCCUGCUAUCAGGCAACGAUGUCUUCUUGGAGGGAAUGGGGCCUCGUCACCCUCCGGUGUGAAGAUCCCAUGCCUUCUUUACCAAACCAGGGGCUCUGGCAAAUUCCAUUAAUGUACUGAGACUCUUAGGCCUGGUUAAUGGUCAUUAUAGCUGUCUGGCAUACACAAGGACUUAAGUACAAAACACUGAUCAGUAAUCUCUUUUAAGAUCAGAGUCAUAUUCUUUCCAUUACAUUUCUUGCAGAUAUUGUGUAUAAGAUUUUCGCCAGACAUGGCAUUCAUGGUGUUCAUUCCUAUCAACAUUUCAUUUUGGGACAUAGUUUUUGAGUCUAUGCUGGUAUCACUCUUUGGUACUAAAUCUCCAACAUGAGUCUGCAGGAGGACUGAACUUGUUUUGAAUCUCUUUGCUUUAAAAUAGUGCUACAUGUUUUCAUAUUGUAUGUGAUAUAUUAACAUACUAAUGCUUCUUUUUCUAAUUGUCGAGUUGAACUGGCUGAUUUGAGCACAAGACAAUGAAAAAUAAGCAUGCUUUGUAAUCACCAUGGUGAAAACAAACAUUUUGACUGGAGGAAAGUUAGACUUCAACUGAACAUCUUUUAGACAUUCAGUUUGACCUGACCUCUUAGCAGAAAAUGCAGUAUGAUGCACCUUAAAGAAAACAUUGAAUAUUGGCUGAGACUGUCAAAGGGUGUUUUUGUAAAAAAAAAAAAAAAAAAAAACCCUAUGCCUCAGUGUGAAUCGCAGUUAUUUUACUAUUAACUAUUUUGCUGAUUAUUCCUCUUGUAUAUUCAAAUAUCAAACACAUCAAAGGCAAAAAAAAUUGGAGAGCACAUUCAGCAAUGGCUCAGCUUUCUACAUUUGACAGUAUGAUCACAUUGCUGAGCAAGCCAAGAACGAGCAGCUUUUUGCAUGUUAUGUUUAGCUUAGAAUUGAGAGUAUUUUGUCAGUCGGCAGCUUAAUCUGUUUUGUUUCAUCUCAGAAGAACUGUCCCAUUUAUAUCAACCGCUUUAAGGCACAUUUCAGUUCAUCAAUAUGAGACAACUCGUUGUUUACUGUAAACACUCCGUGAAUUUUUUGGUUACACAUCAGUGUUAUGUUCUUGGUUUGUUUUGUCUUUUUUCCUUUCACACAAAGUAAUUUGGGACAGCAAAAUUAUCCAGUGAAGCAGUCAUUCAAGCUUAAUGACGCAUCAAACUUUUAGAAAGUGUUUUUGGGAUCACUUUAAACAUUGUCAUGUGGCAAUAGCGGCUUCUACCACAUCUUAAAUUCUUCCAUUUUGGGACUAAUUUCAAUAUUUAGUAAAAAAUCAUUUCAUUUGGAUGGCAUAAACAAAGCUUGUCCCCAUUUUUCACUACUAAAGUCAUCACAUUGAUAAUCCUUCAGAAGUGAUUAUGUUUUAUGUGGCUCUGUAACUGUAAUGGUGAACUGAAGAAGAGCAGUAGCUUUUGUAGCAUUGGUUCUUUUCAUUGCAUCUUUCGUGAAGCUAGAUAAGAUGAUUAGUGCUCUGUUGUACACUUGUAAAUGGUUUGCUCUAGUUUGUUCUGUAUGUGUGUGAUAAGUUUUAUUUGUAUAUGAAACAAUUAUUGCUGUUAUGGUCAUCACAGAAACAAGAUAGGGGCUCAAGACACAAAAUUGUUUAGAGUAGAGACGGCUUUGAGAUUGCAUCAUUGCUCUGUUUUCUUGUAUUUGUGGAAAUCAAGGGUUAUUUUGUUCUAUGGACUUGACUCAAUUUACCACACCAACUGUUGUGCCUAACAGAUUACACUGUUUUCUCUGCUCUUUAGGCAAUGAGAAUCUCGCUGUUGAAGGUGAAGCCAAUAGAAAGCUGCUACUGUGUAGAAAUGGGUGCCAAUGGCUUCUCGCUCUCUGUAGGAAUAACCAAUGAAGGAUCUGCCAAUUGUAGAAGACAAAAGAGAGAGGCUUUCUGUUAGUUAGAUUAGCUAAUUGGAUUCUCAUUUCAUUAUGGAUCUGCCAAAGGGAAAAGGGCAGAGUAAUCUUCUGAAAAUGAGCUAUGUACUGAACAUUACAGUCAACAGCAGCAGAAAAACUCAGAGCUGUCUAAACAUCAGUAGUCCAGGCACUCAGUCAGUAGCUCAUUUCCCUGGUCUCCCUCUGUUCUUUGUGUCCAGCUGCUUCCUCCAGCGGAUGCCUCACUUCCACAAAGUCUCAGCCAGGGAGAACCAACUCAGUCCAUCUCCCAUCUCCAAUGCUCCCCCCUUCCUUCUCGCCACACUGGAACAUUGUUCCUGAUGGGCACUGACUUUUGCUUCCAUUUGCGCAUAUGUGUUUGUGUGUGCGUGUGAAUGCAGUUGUGUUUGUGAAUGUGUAAAUGCAGGUCAUUUGCUUUUAAAUUACCAGAGGACUGAUGGCUUCCUCCAAUAAAACUAUUGUAGUUAAUGAACUUCCGACUUUCAGUUCAGCCACUACAUACAUACAUACCAUCACUGUUUGCUCUCUUGUAUGUAAUUGUAUGUAAAAAGAUAUAUGUAAAUCAUAAUGUUGCUUCUUUUCUGUUAUCAUGGUACGUUCUCAUAUGUGCAGCAAGAAUUUGAUAAUAUAUAUAUAUAUAUAUAUAUAUAUAUAUAUAUAUAUAUAUAUAU